GUGCCGGUCGAACCGACGGACGGCCAUUUUGGAGUGUGGGGGUGCGUUAGGUCAGGAGACCAGGGAGCAGUCUUCAGAUACUAUACUGAUAUUACGCCAACCAGCAGGGAUUAAAAGAGGUUCUUAGUUGAUUUCAUCCCCCAUCCCACGAACAUCUAGAUCUACACACCAACAUGUCAGGUGGUCGCGACAUGUCCCACUGGAGAGAUACCGGUCCAAUUGACUGUAAGGUUUACGUGGGUGACCUGGGUCAGUCCGGUACCAAACACGAGCUGGAGCGGGCUUUCAGCGCCUUCGGACCGCUCAGAAACGUCUGGGUGGCCCGUAACCCACCGGGAUUCGCUUUCGUGGAGUUUGACGAUCCUCGGGACGCGAAGGACGCUGUGGACGCACUAGACGGGCGUUACCUGUGUGGCCGGCGUGUGCGGGUGGAGCUGUCCCACGGCAUGAAGCGUUCGUCCCGGUACCGCCCCCCACCUCCCAACAGUUACCGUGGUUACGACCGGCCACAACGACGGCGCUCAAGGUCCUUUUCUCCGUACCGAGGAGGGCCGUACAGUCGCAGCCGCAGCAGGUCGCCACGUGACAGACGACGGAGCCGUUCUCGCUCCCGUUCCAGAGACAGGAAACAUUCGAGGUCUCACUCUCAUUCCCGCAGUCGGUCAGCCUCCCCUAUCAAUCUCAGUCCACGAGGCAAGAGUCCAUUGGACGACUAGAUCUACCUGUGUGAGCCUCACGGGGACCUUUGACCCACCAGCCUUCCCACAGUCCUUUGAGGGGCCUGUUUCAUGCUCAACUUUCCUGUAGUUGACAAUUUGUUCAAGUCGUAAUCUAGUGAUUGUACCUGUUACGCCUCUAGUGUUGCUAGGAAGGCUUUCUUUUAUGUUAUCAAUUUAUUUUUUAGCAAGCUCAGUUGUACAAGCUUGUGUAGUGUACAAAAUGUAUCCUUUAUCUAGAAAGCUCUUGUUGUACAUUGUAAUGAUUAUUGUGUAUUGUAAGAAUUCAGUAGUCAUUUUAGAUGCUGAUCUUUUCAUUUACACCAGAGGGAACGCUAAACUGCUUGUUAGAUCAGUCUGUGCUCAAGUUUCAAUUAGAAAAAAGUUUAUAUACAUUUAUACCAUGUGAAACUCUGACAAACGAAAUGACCUUAUCAAGGACUAUGUCUAGACAUUUUGUUGUUUUAACUUUUUUUAGACAGUUUUAGUCAGAAAACAAACACCUGUCAUUUGAAAAAGAAAAAAGAUUCAAGGUGAAAAGUAGAAAUCUGCAAUUUUGCAGGCCAAAAAUUCCAAGCUCUUUACUUAUCGGUUUGG